CGAGGCGCACGACACCGUCAGCCUGACGUCAGUCCUGAGUCACGUCCAGAGCCUGGAGCCGGACCCCGGAACGCCGGGCAGCGCGCGGACAGAAGCACUGUACUACACAGAUGACACAGCCAUGACCAGAGCCCUGGUGCAGUCCCUGCUGGCCAAGGAGGCUUUUGAUGAGGUGGACAUGGCUCACAGCAGGACCCUUUCUCCAGUUGAUGCAGAUUCACAAGCUAAAAUGGCAGCACUGCUGGUACAGGUACCUUAGGUCUCCCAGGCCACCUCCUCCAACCCAACCCAUCCAUUUCUUCCAGCCCCAAGAAACAUUUUUGAAAUUACAUUCUGCCUUCCUUCUCCCUGAUAGAUUUGCCCAAGAGUAUAAGAAUGACCCUGAUAGAGGUUACGGAGCUGGAGUCAUCACUGUCUUCAAGAAACUCCUGAGUCACAAGUGCCAUGAUGUCUACGAGCCUGCUCGGGCCCAGUUCAAUGGAAAGGGGUCCUAUGGCAAUGGGGGCGCCAUGCGGGUAGCAGGCAUCCCCCUGGCCUAUAGCAGCAUCAAAGAUGUUCAAAAGUUUGCUCGUCUCUCAGCCCAGCUGACCCAUGCUUCCUCCCUGGGUUACAACGGUGCCAUCCUGCAGGCUCUGGCUGUGCACCUGGCUCUGCAGGGUGAGUCCUCCAGCGGGCGCUUCCUGGAGCAGCUCCUGGGCCACAUGGAGGAGCUAGAAGGGGAUGCCCAGUCAGUCUUGGCUGCCAGGGAGUUGGGUAUGGAGGAGCGUCCAUACUCUAGCCGCCUGAAGAAGAUUGGAGAGUUGUUGGACCAGGACUCAGUGAGCCGAGAAGAAGUGGUGUCUGAGCUAGGGAAUGGCAUUGCUGCCUUUGAGUCUGUGCCCACCGCUAUCUACUGCUUCCUGCGCUGCAUGGAUCCUGACCCUGAGAUUCCCACUGCCUUCAAUAGCCUCCAGAGGACUCUCAUCUAUUCCAUCUCACUCGGUGGGGACACAGACACCAUUGCUACUAUGGCCGGGGCCAUUGCUGGUGCUUACUAUGGGAUGGAUCAGGUGCCAGAGAGCUGGCAGCAGAGUUGUGAGGGCUAUGAGGAGACAGACGUCCUGGCCCAGAGCCUACACCGAGUCUUCCAGAAGAGUCUGUGAAGGCCACAGCUGCUGAGCUUCUGCCAGGUGCCAGAAGGACCAAACACAGCUCAGAGUGAAGGUUCCUUCAGCUGUUUCCCCUGCCUUGAUCUUUCUGAAGCAGAGCCUGGACCUCACCUCUUAAGGCUAGGGUCUUGAGAGGUCCCAAGAACAGUAAGUAGGGACUGGUGCCUCCUUACUGCUGGGGUUCUGGCUUUCUGCAGAGCCAUGGGCCCCCACGAGUCAUCAGUGAAACAUGAAGGGACCCGGGCAGGUUUUAUUUAGAAGAGUACUUGUGACAUUUGCUUUUUCUUUUUGUCUGAGACAUGGGAUCUGGAGAGGAGAAAUAAUCUGCUGUAGCAUCAUUCCUCCCUGUUGGUUGUUAGCCAACUUGGCAGAUAGCCUGUCCUUGACUGACAGGGUCCCCAACAGCAGGUUGUUUGGACAAGGGACAAACAUUUGCACCCAGCCUCUCUAGGUGCAUACAUAGACCUUGUCUGUAAUGGUUUGUGACAGCUUCCAGUGGAAUUCACCGCAAUAAAUGUUUUUUUGGUAAAUCCU